CGGAAGAAGAAUUAUCAGCUGAUCCCGCUGGCUGUUGUUGAUGCCUGAAGUUGCUGUUGUUUGGACACUGUGUUGCUCUUAUCUGCCUCUGACAGUGAAGACACGUUCAACCCCAUUAAAGGGACUCGGUGGGCAUUUACCGGAGGAACGGUACAAGUGUAAAAAAAGGGAAGUGUCUCCUCGCGAGGACUUUGAAUUUGCGCAGUAGCGGCAGAAGAGCUAGCAGUAAAGGAAGACAGACCGACACACACACACACACACACAGACAGACAGACAGACAACCGACGGCUUAACGCGCUCUCUUUGUUCAUGUCGUGCCAGUCGGAACCGUAAUAUUAGUUUAUUGGUGUUCAGUUGUUUGUUUUUUCCCUGUACUUUCUUUAUUUGUGGGUCUAGUUCAUUCGUAUGGACUUGCGCAGAGGGAUGCUAGCUGCCGUGCUAACGUUAGCUCCUAGCGCAGACAAACUGUGUUGUUGUUGUUGUCCAGCUUUGAUGCUUUCGUAACCGCCCGACACUGACAGAUAAAAACAAACAAAGACAGAUAAGGGCGGCAGAAGGCGGAUGUGGAGCAGCUGUUGUCCUGCCUCUGUACAUGUUUGACAUCGGCCUCUGCUCUUUGUUCCGCUCCUGUUUUCAACACUGUCGAGCACGAAGUUGACGUUCAGUGGUUUUCUUCUGACAUCUGUUUGUCUGUCUGUCCGUAAAUGCACCUCUGUGUAUUUAAUGAUCGGACUCAUUUCUUUAAUUGUAAAUUAGCCUAAUCAGCAGUAGAUUCCCGGACAGCUGGCCUUCUGUGUUUGCUGACAGGUUGCGUAAUUUGCGUGUGUUCAAGCUGUUCGCAUUUUAGGAGGAACGGCUUCUUUUAAAACUGUGUAUCUUAGUCCACCUUAAAGGGUCCGCCUUAAAGGGUCGUGGUGUGGAUUCUAGUGUGUUUAGACUCAUCCGUCCUCUGCGUCGGUACCGUUUCUAUGUUUCCUGUGAGCCCCCGGUGCAGCCGCUGUUGGAUGUUCAUGACCUCAGACCACCAGUCCAAAGGCCCACAGGUAUGAAUUAAAGCACACAUCUGAAACUGGUCACACUGCUGUGAUUGGGAGAAGACAUCCAGACUAAAGGGUCCCUCAGAGGGUCCCAGUGUGUCCUGAGCUGAGCUGAGCCGAGCUGAGCUGCCCCCCCCCACUACUUGCCAAUGCUGGAUCUGGAAGUGGUGCCUGAGAGAUCACUAGGAAAUGAGCAAUGGGAAUUCUCCUUAGGGAUGCCAUUGGCCCAGGCCAUCUCCAUUCUGCAGAAACACUGCCGCAUCAUCAAAAAUGUGCAGGUGCUCUACAGUGAACAGACUCCGCUCAGCCAUGACCUCAUACUCAGCUUGACUCAGGAUGGGAUUAAACUGCUGUUCGACGCCACUAAUCAAAGACUCAAGGUCAUUGAAGUGUACGAUCUAAGCAAAGUCAAGUUGAAAUACUGUGGAGUGCAUUUCAACUCUCAGGCCAUCGUCCCCACAAUCGAACAGAUAGACCAGUCAUUUGGAGCGACACACCCUGGAGUUUACAAUGCAGCAGAGCAGUUGUUCCAUCUGAAUUUCCGUGGCCUGUCGUUCUCCUUCCAACUGGACUCAUGGAAUGAAGCUCCAAAAUAUGAGAUUCCACACGGGGCCAUGGUGAAGCGCAUGCACAUCUACACCGGCAACAACCUGCAAGAAACAAGAGCUCCAGUGAUGCCGUUGGCUUGUUUCCUUGGUAACAUCUAUGCAGAGUGCGUGGAUGUGGUGAGAGACUGGGCGGGACCUCUGGGACUCAAACUCCGCCUCCUCACUGCAGGCUGUGGCCCUGGUGUGAUGGCUGAUGCCAAAGUCCGGUCCUUAGAGCGGAGCAUCUUCUUCGGGGACUCAUGUCAGGAUGUGCUGGGCGCUCUGGGUUCACCACAUAAAGUCUUCUACAAGUCAGAGGACAAGAUGAAGAUCCACUCUCCGUCACCUCACAAACAGGUUCCUUCCAAAUGUAACGACUACUUCUUCAACUACUUCACCCUGGGAGUGGACAUCCUGUUUGACUCGACCACUCACCUGGUUAAAAAGUUCGUCCUCCACACCAACUUUUCCUGGACAUUACAACUUCAACAUAUAUCAUCGAUGUGACUUUAAGAUUCCACUAGUCAUCAAAAAAGAGGGCUCUGAGGCUCAGACUGAGGACUGCAUCCUAACCACCUACAGUAAGUGGGAUCAGAUUCAGGAGGUGCUGGGGCCAUCCCAUGGAGAAGCCUGUCGUCCUCCACAGGUCCUCCUCUGCCAAUAACACCAACCCCUUCGGCUCCACCUUCUGCUUCGGACUGCAGAGGAUGAU